AUGGCGCACUCAAAGCGCAACACCUCCCUCCCACACUUCACAUCCUAUGAAAGAAGCCUCCUGCGCUCAACAUGGGGCACAAAGCGCAGCGUAAUAGGCCGCGACUCCUUCCUCCCCUUCGCAUCCUGCAAACUCUGCCUCCAACCCGCCCGCAAACCCGUCGUAUCCUGCCCCAGCAACGGCGACCUCUUCUGCCGCGAGUGCGCCAUAUCCGACCUCCUCGCGCAAAGGCAAGAAAUGAAGCGCGCCGAGCGCGAGCGCGAAGACGCGCGCAAACGUCUCGCUGAAGAUGACGAGCGCGUAGCGGACGAGGCGCGCGCGAACGAUUUGCGGGAAUUCGAGCUUGUUUCGAUGGGGUUGGGUGGGGGCAAGAACAAGAAACGGAAAGCAAAUGCCGAGGAGGAAGAUGCUAUUGAGAGGUUUAAGGCGAGGGAGGUCGAGGUUGAUGGUGUUCGGCGGAAGGUGUUUGAAUUGGAUGAGGGGGUUAUGGCGCGGGUUGCGCGGGAGGAGAGGGAGAGGUUGAGGGAUGAGUUGAAGAAGGAGAAGGUGAGCCGGGGAACCGUGACCGUGACCUAUGAUUUAAGCUAUAGAUCCGCGCUAACAGUCGCCUUUUCUUCGCAGUCCGAAUCAAGCAAAUCUGCCCUGCCUUCAUUCUGGGUUCCGUCUCUGACGCCGAAUACCGAUGCGGAUGAAAUCGCCGCUAACAAGGCUGUCAAGGCGGCGCCUAUUUGUCCCGGAUCCUCUGAGGCGCAUAGGCAUACUUAUUCGCUAAAGACGCUGGUUGAGGUCAACUUUACUGAGGAAAAGGGCUCUGAUGGGACGGUUUCGCGCGUCUGUCCGAGUUGUAAGAAGAAUCUUAGUAAUGGGUUGAAAGCUAUGCUUACAAAACCAUGCGGUCAUGUCAUCUGCCAACCAUGCGUCACGAAAUUCAUGACUCCGCACGCGGUGCUGGAUCCGCACGCCUCGGAGGAGGAACAGGCUCAACACGGGCUGGUACUGUGUUAUGUUUGUGAGACGGAUCUUACGCCUCGCGAGGAGAAGAAGGAUGCGGACGGGUCCAAGAAGAAGUCUAAGAAGAAGGAUAAGGAUGCUGUUAAGCCUGGCCUUGUUGAGGUUAGCUCUGAGGGGACGGGCUUUGCGGGUGGUGGUGGGAAUGUGGCUACUAAGACUGGUGUUGCGUUUCAAUGUUGA